AUGUCAUCACGGACCUUCACUGAUGAUCAUGAAAUUUCGAGAAUCCGAAUUGGUGCAUACAAUCCUAUCAAUUGGAAACGAGAUAUUCAUAAAAAAGUAGAUAUAGAUGUCUUUUGUGAAUUUCAUAACAGAUUUUACGAACAACUAAUCGGAUUGAAAGAGGAAAGAUAUAGAAUUGAAAAAUGGGAUAUUUUUACAAUCGGUAGAAAAGAUAAUCAACCAAUGAUGAUGAUUGAAAGCGACUUCUUUGAGUUAAUAGCGACAUGGAUCGGCAGAAAGGAUCCCGUGAAUUCUCGGUACACAGCCUCCAAUAUGUCGUAUAAAUUUACUCCCAUAUUUCUCAUGAAAGAUGAUACGGACUUCUAUUAUCAAAAUCGUAAGUACUAUAAUAGAUCAUAUGAUGGAUUAUUGCCAACGAUGACAUACCAUCACGGACCUUCACUGAUGAUCAUGAAACUUCAAACAUCAGGAAAGUUAAUUGGAGGUUAUUAUCCCAUCGGAACGAAAAAAGGAUUUUUUCGCUUUGAUGAUUAUCAAUAUGCAACAGAAAGCUUUGUUUUCUCUAGUGAAGAUGUGCAUGGAGCAAAUCAUGUGUUAAGUCGUGUUAAAAACCCCGAUAAAGCAAUUCGCAUAUCUUCUCCCGAAUCUUUUCACCCCAAUUUCACGCUGUUAGGAUUUGGUAAAUCUUUAUCAUCUUCAUUAAAUAUAAACUUUAAAGAAGAUGAUUCUGUGUCUUGUCGUAUUAAGCAAGAUGAAUUUUAUGAGCAACCAGCAAUAAUGUCUGAAGGCGAUUACAAACUUGAUGAAUGGGAAAUUUCAGACGCUGGUCAAACUUCAUCUCGAAAUUAUAAUCGAGCUAAAUUUGAUCGAGAAAAACAUACUCGUAAUCGAGAAAUGUAUAAUCGAAUUCCACCUCGAAUCGACUCACCUGAAGGUUUUAUAGAAACGUUUGAUGAAGAUUUUGUAUUGUUGAUUGCGUCAUGGAUUGGUAGAAGAGAAGUUCCAUAUACUUAUAUGAACAUGCAAUACCAAUUUAAACUUUUGUUUGACAAGGAUGAUCGGACAACACUUCCUAGAAAAUAUUAUAAUCAAUCAAAUUUCUACUCACUACCAGCCAUGAAAUGUCACCACGGACCGUCACUAAUGAUAAUGAGGAUUAAAAGUUCUAAAGAGAUCAUUGGAGCCUAUAAUCCUAUCAGUUGGCAGCUAGAUUUACCGAAUGGUAAAGAUAAUUAUGUUAGAACGACAGAAAGUUUUAUUUUUUCGAGUAAAGACGUACUUGGAAAUGAUCAUCGAUUAAGCCGAGUUAAAGAAUUUGAUAAAGCCAUUAUUCAGACGAAAGUACAUCCCAACGCCGUACUCUUGAAAUUUGGUGAAGAUUUGACCACUUUUUAUCAUCAUGGAUUUGAGAAUGAAUUUGAACCAGAUAAUGGCUGGGAGAUGAGGACGUCAUUUCUUACGUAA